CACGUCCUGCAGCUCCUGAUAUCGCGCGGCGCGAAGGUCAACGACCAGGACGAGCUCGGCCAGUGCGCGUUGCUCGCCGCGGUGCAGCGCGGCAAGGUCGUCGAGGUCGACGCGCUGCUGAGCUUCGGCGCGCACGCGAACCUGGCCGACGCCGAGGGGUCGACGCCGCUGAUGAAGGCCGCGCAGGCCGGCGAGAAGGCGAUCUGCGCGCGCCUCAUCGAGGGCGACGCGGACCUGAAC